AAUUAAAUAGGAUUUUUGUUUAAUUGUCUAUUGACUUUUAUUUUUCAGGGUUCAUUGAAAAAUCCUUAGUGCUAUUGACAUGUUUCAAGUGACAUAAAUUAGCCAAUGAUUCGGAAUGAUGGAUUCCCUGAAGACUGGAAAUGGUUUGCCAAUGAUUGGACCAGGGACUGAUUUAGGGGUAUCUUCACUCCACAUGGUGGGGUAUUUGGGAAAAAAUUAUGAUUCUGCUAACAUCCUGUCAGAUGGGUAUUGCCCUGCUUGUAGAGAGAAGGGAAAGUUAAAAACAUUAAAGACUUACCGAAUUAGUUUUCAAGAAUCUAUCUAUUUGUGUGAGGAUCUACAGUGCAUCUAUCCUUUGGGCUCUAAGUCACUUAAUAACUUAAUUUCUCCUGAUUUGGAAGAUCAUCACGCUCCAAAUAAGCCUCAAAAAAGAAAGCUCUUGGAAACCAACUAUAAAGAUUCGCCUUCUUUAGCAAGUUCCAAAAAGAUUAAAAGUCAUGUUGAUGGUGAACAAGUUUUGAACAGCAAACACCAUGGAGAAGCAUACAAAGAAACCUCAUCAGACUUGCCUGACUCACUGCACAGUGGUCAGCAGAGUUCAGUUAGGACCACUGAUUUCUUGGGACAGGAUGAGAUUCUGGAAGCUGCUGUUACUGGCAUGGCUGCUGAAGGUGCCACUGCAGUCGAUGUUUCUGGAACUGGAGAGAUUGCUCCUCAAAGUGAAGGAGGCAUGUCUGAAUUGGAAAUAUCACUGGAGAGUAGAUGUAUACCAUUUUGCCAGACUUCAUGUGUUCAGUGGAAAAAUUCUCAUGCCCUCUGUUGGUUAGACUGUAUCCUGUCAGUGUUGGUGCACCUGGAAGUGGUAAACAAGGCGGUGAUGACUGAUCUGGGCCCUAAAGAGGAAUCUGUGUUCUGGCAGUUGUUCACAAAGUAUAAUGAGGCCAACAAGCUUCUGCACACCAGUCAUUUGGAUGCAGUUAAAGAUAAAGAUGAUAAACUUGCUUCAGAAAUAUUUGCCAAGAUAGAGACCUGUCUGAAUGAAGUCAGAAAUAAUAUUUUUAUCAGGCUUCAGCCUCAGCUUAGAUGCACAUUAGGUGACAUGGAAAGCCCCGUGUUUGCAUUUCCCCUGCUCCUAAAAAUAGAAGCCCGAAUUGAAAAGCUCUUCAUGUACUCUUAUUCUUGGAACUUUGAAUGUUCACAGUGUGGACACAAGUAUCAAGACAGCUAUACAAAGAAUCUGGUGACCUUUACAAAUGUCAUUCCUGAGUGGCACCCACUUAAUGCUGCCCAUUUUGGUCCUUGUAACAAUUGCAACCAUAAGUCACAAAUAAGAAAAAUGGUAUUGAAAAGAGUGUCUCCCAUAUUCAUGUUGCACUUUGUAGAAGGCUUACCACAUAACGACUUGCAGCACUACUCAUUUCAUUUUGAAGGCUGUCUUUAUCAAAUAACUUCUGUAAUUCAGUACCACGCGAAUAAUCAUUUUAUAGCAUGGAUUUUAGAUACUGAUGGAAGCUGGCUGGAAUGUGACGACUUAAAAGGCCCAUGUUCUGAAAGGCGGGAGAAAUUUGAAGUUCCUGCUUCAGAAAUACAUAUUGUUAUCUGGGAAAGGAAAACUGCCCAAAUGACAGAUAAAGCAUCUGCCUGUCUUCCACUUCAAAAGACGAAUGAUCAGCCUGCUUUCAGCCAUGAGAAACAGCCACCUCCAGCAGCGUGCUCUGCGGGUGCUGCCGCCGAAGCACCCUCAGGACCGUACCCCCAGCAGUCACCAGUUGCUCCUGAUACUCUUUCCCAGGAUGAAGCUUUAGCUCAUCGACCUCAUUUACUGUCAGGUCCUGAAGGUUGGGUUAACAAUGGUAUUAUGCCUCUGACACUUGAAAACAUACACAUUAACUCUGAAGAUUUCCUGUUAGAAGAUAUACCUGUGGUAGAAAAUGGAAUGGUCGUCAAAACAAAUACUUUGCAACCGCAAGAGUUGCUAAUGGCGUCUUUGGUAUCGGCUCCACAUGAGGAAACGUUUACCCAAGACCAGUGUGUGGGCUUGAGCUUCCCGUCUCAGGUUGUGAACACAGACGUGCAGUCAGUCCAGCCGAACUCGGCAAGUGCUGUGAUUGCCAACCCUGUGACUGAUGUUCACGCUGCUGGUCCUGGGCCGGGGGUACAGGCGGGAGGAACUGAGGGUCCAGUCGCCCUGGAGAGGGAUGUGCCGUUAGAACAAUUUCUUGCACCGAAGACUGCGAAAUUAAAAGCAGAACAACACAUUACACCUCCGGUAUCUAAUUUGAAGAGAACGUUUUCUCAAACUACAGCAUCUGAGUCAUCACAGAAUUCAUCUCGGAGAGAGAGUCUGAAGAAGCCAUUCGUGGGAAGUUGGGUUAAAGGCUUAUUAAGCAAGGGCGCUUCUUUUUUGCCACCUUGUGUUUCAGCUCAGAAUAGAAACACUAUAACUGACUUGCAGCCUUCGGUUAAGGGGGCAAGUAAUUUUGGUGGCUUUAAAACGAAAGGUACGAACCAGAAGGCUCACCGGGCGUCCAGGAAAGCUCACAGGCAUGCGAGUAAGCCUCCCGCAGUCAGUAACCCUCCCCUGGGUCUUCCGCCAUCCAGCCACACGGCUUCUCCACGUGAUGUCAGCGCUGACCUGGACGUGCACGAAGACGCCUCGAGGGGAGCUCACCUCAACCACAGAUCUCAUGGAAAUGAAAAUGCUGUUGCUGCAGCAAACCAUGACGACUCUGUUGAGGAUCAGAUUCAUAAACUUCGUUUAAAACUUCUUAAAAAUCUUAAGGCAAAAAAGAAGAAACUAGCUGCUCUUACUUCCCCCCCAAAUGGGAAACUUGCGAGUGAAAAUUUGGAACACGUGUCCCAUUGUGGGUCUCCAAAUGAUGAUCAAUCAAUAGAAGGCUUAUUAAAAGAACUGCAGUAUCAAAUUGAUAUUGCUGAUAAUAAAUCUGGAGGAACCACCAUUCCUAUUGUUCCUCCGUACAGUGGUCAGACUCAUGAAGACAUUUUAGCAGAAUUACUGUCUCCUACAACUGUUUCAGCAGAGCUCUCAGAAAAUGGGGAGGCUGACUUUAGGUAUUUAAAAAUGGGAGAUAACCAUAUCCCAGCACCAGUACCUAGUGAAUUAAAUGCUGUUCCCCAAAACACACAUCUGAGACAGGACCAUAAUUAUUGCAGCCCCACCAAGAAAAAUCAGAGCCAAGUUCAGCCAGACCCACUAACAAAUAAUGCUUGCGAUAGAACAUUGAACUUGGAAAGUCCCCUGAAGAGUGAUGUUUUUGAUGAGUUUUUUUCCACUUCAGCAUUAAGUUUAACAAGUGACACAUUAGACUUACCUUUUUUUGAUGAAUGUCUGUUUGAGAGUUGUUGAAUGCUUAUUAACUUUUUACUUUUCUUUGUUAUUACUAAUUUAUUUAUUUCAGAGAGAGGGAGGGAUGGGGAGAAAGAAACAUCGAUCGGCUGCCUAAUAGGGAUCAAGCCCGCAACGUGGGCAUGUGCAGAUCACACCAGCGAACACCUGGUGCGUGGAGAACCAGUGCUCAGCCAGCUGAGCUGCACUGGCCUACAACUCUUUUUAGUUUAAUAUUGAUCAUUGUCUUGGAAACACUUAACCGUGUUCUUGGGUAGUGUUUAUACACUGGCCUUGUCAUGAACAAAAUGUAAGCUGCUGAAGGUUUUACCUUCGAUUCUGUCCAUAAAGCAUGUAAUUUGUUUUACAAAUUAAAAUGACCGGGUAUCUGUUCUCCUUUCUGGCUUCAUGUUAUAUUUCUAGGGCAUCAAGGAUUUCAAAACAUUAAAAAU